AUUUGUUGUGAAAUAGCCUGGCCAGGUGCCUGCGCUGCGCAAUUUCUUUGCGAAUCCUGACGGUUUUGACCGUGUUUUUUGUUUCAAAGUUAUCGUACGGCUUAAUUACGACUUAUCAAGAUGACCAAGUUAAUGCAACAAUUAAACUUUAGUAGUAGUAAUAACUAUUAUGACCACUACGAAGCUGCAACCAUCGAGCCAUUGAAGGACAACAAUGUUAAAGAAAAUAAUUAUUGUGGUGACGGCGCGUCGCUGAGCACGGCCGGCAGCAAGCGGUCGGCUCUGUCGGCGUCUGACGCCGAGUGUUUUUCGCUGUGCCUGGGCGCCGGGCCUCUGUGGUGGUCCGAUGUCCCUGUACUCGGCGCAGCACCGCCCGGAGGGGUGAACAGCGGGGCCUCGAGCCCCGCAACCCCCGCAACCCCCACUCACGACGACAACACCCGUGACUUGUUGAGCGCCUUACUAUGGGCCAGCGCGAGCUCAUUAAGCGGCAGCGCCGAGAGCAUCGCCGAGCCCCCCACCCUGCACCCUGCGCUGCAGGCGCAGCGCCGCGAGCAGGUGAUCCGGCAGAUCCUGGAGCGUAAAGACAUACGUCCCGUCAAAGUGGAAUUCAAAAUUUUCCUCACGGAGACAACUAUGACGCGUUGGGAAGCCGUGGUCCAAGGCAACACAAUCUACCUGCGAGUGCCGGGGGUCCUGCAAGCCGGCAGCAAGGAAAGCUUCUUGCUCUUACUUGAUUUCGCAGAGGAGAGGCUCGGUUCCACCAACUGCAUAAUCUGCGUGCUAAAAUCUCGGCCGGACCGCGCGACGCUCAUGCGCACAUUCAUGUUCAUGGGUUUCGCUCUGCUCCCUCCCGCAUCUCCAAUUCUGCCCCCCCACCUCGCUCAUCCUGAUUACCUGUUCCUGCACUACAACAUGCAGUAGGCUCCUCAACUAUAGGCUCUUGGACUAUUAUUGGUCAAUAAAGUUAACAAUACUUAUAUAAGCAAAGAUCACGCGUACAGUAAUGGCAUUUUUAUUGUCAGUAUUUAAUGUAAUGCCAUGCAUGUGAAAAAAAUGUAUUUGGAACG